CAAAAUCGUUGGACGUGCGUCGUAUACGUGCGUGAUACGUCACGCGGCGAUCACGCAUACGCGUACGCGUAUGCGCGCGCACGCACGGUACGCACGCACCGCGAGGCGCUGCGCACGUUCGGCAUUUAUGCGCGCGCGUAACAAUCGGUAUGCACGAGUUGAAUAAGUGCUCUCGUAGAGACAGGUGUUUUUUCAAGGUUCGACGUGAUUUUAUUUACUUAGGACGCGCUUAAUCGGUAAACGAUAGAUCAAGCUGAUAUUUUCAUCAGUUCUGUAAAUAAUGAUGGUGAAUUUUACCGUUAUAUAUUUGGUAAUUAUUUUAACAUUACAUAUCAAUUGCGGGACUCAAGCACUUCGUGUACGACGCCUAGUUGGUGGAAAGGACGCCACCAAAUUUGAAUUUCCUUAUCAGGUAUCCUUAAGAUAUUACGACUUACAUAUUUGUAGUGGUGUACUUAUCAGCGAUAAGCAUAUUCUGAGUGCGGCGCAUUGUAUAUGUGGCUUGAUAGAUGAUCCUUUCGAAGAACUCAGUGUACGCACUGGAAGUAUUAAUAUCAAAGAGGGCGAAAUACAUAUUGUUAAAAAUGUCACCUGUCAUCCUGAUUAUAUAUAUGGCUCUGAAGAGUCUUGGAUAGCCGAUUUAGUUGUAAUCACGCUUACUAAAAAAAUUCACUUCUCACCUUCUCAAUCGCCAAUUGCUUUGGCAGUUUGUGAUGCACCUCCUGGACAAUACGCUAUUAUUAGUGGAUGGGGUCGUGUUCAUCCAUUUAGUUGGUUAUCUCGAAACUUGCAAAAACUUUCAGUACCAAUUAUUGAUAAUAAUGCAUGCCAGGCCUAUUACAAAAACACUAUUAUUCUUAGUUCCCAAAUUUGUACAUUUGAAAGAAAAGGUAUCGGUGCUUGUAAGGGUGAUAGUGGUAGUCCUUUGGUAUAUAAUGGCACAUUAAUAGGUAUAUUUUCAUGGACAAAACCGUGCGCACUUGGUUUUCCUGAUGUUUUUACUAGGGUAACUAAUUUUACGGAUUUUAUCAGACAAAUAAUACAAAAUGAUUAGUAAUAAUUAAUAAUAAAUAAUAAACUGUAAUAAAUUAAAUA